UCGCGGGGUGGGGCCGGCCGCUGGCGGGCGCUCCCAUCAGCGCUCCGCGGUGCGGUGUUCUCCCGGUGCCGGGCGUCCCCGAACAGCGCGCCCGCGGGCAUGGCCUUCUGCGGCGAAGCGCCUUCCCCAGGCGCCGCGGAGGCGACGGCGGCGGCGGCGGAGGACGCGCCCGCCUGCAGCGCCUCCCUGGAAGCUUUCGGCGAGAGCGCGGAGAUCCGCGCGCUUCUGGGCCGCCUGCGGGAGCUGCACGGCGAGCUCUUGGCGCGGGAGGUGGCGGAGCAGCGGUUCCGCGUGAUUAUGGACAAAUACCAGGAGCAGCCUCACCUAUUGGACCCACACCUUGAAUGGAUGAUGAACUCGUUGUUGGACAUAGUGCAAGAUAAGACAUCUCCAAGUGGCCUUAAACAUCUGGCAUUUAAGUUUCUUUACAUCAUCACCAAGGUUCGAGGAUAUAAAAUAUUUCUCCGUUUAUUUCCUCAUGAAGUAGCUGAUGUACAGUCUGUGUUAGAUAUGUUCACAGAUCAAAACCCUAAAGACCACAAGACAUGGGAAACCCGAUACAUGCUGUUACUGUGGCUCUCUGUGACCUGCCUGAUUCCUUUUGAUUUUUCACGUCUUGAUGGAAACCUUCUCAUUCAACCGGGGGAAACACGAAUGCCUGUAAUGGACCGUAUUCUGCAGAUUGCAGAGUCUUACUUGGUUGUCAGCGACAAGGCACGAGACGGGGCUGCUGUCCUUGUUUCUAAAUUUAUUACGCGUCCGGAUGUCCGAGAGAGGAAGAUGGCUAGCUUCCUGGAUUGGAGCCUGUGUACCUUGGCCCGCUCCUCCUUCCAGACCAUGGAUGGUGUCAUUGCCAUGGAUGGAAUACUGCAAGCCCUGGCUCAAAUAUUUAAGCAUGGAAAACGUGAAGACUGUCUUCCUUAUGCCAACACUGUGCUCCAGUGCCUUGACAGAUGCAGACUGCCUGAGUGCAACCAGACCCUGCUGCGGAAGCUGGGUGUGAAGCUUGUGCAGCGUCUUGGGCUAACCUUCCUGAAGCCGAAGGUGGCCGCAUGGAGAUAUCAGCGUGGCAGCCGGUCUUUGGCUGCCAAUCUGAAGCUCUGCACCCAGGGUCCGAGUGAGCAGAAGACACUGACUGACGGCAUGAUUUCUGAUUCUGAUGAAGACUAUGACAUCCCAGAAGGGGUGGAGAGUGUGAUAGAACAGCUUCUGGUUGGGUUGAAGGACAAGGACACGGUAGUGCGGUGGUCUGCAGCCAAAGGAAUUGGCAGGAUGGCUGGAAGGCUUCCCAAAGAGCUGGCGGACGAUGUGGUGGGGUCUGUGCUGGACUGUUUCAGUUUUCAGGAGAUGGACAAGGCAUGGCAUGGUGGAUGUCUGGCGCUUGCUGAACUUGGUAGACGAGGCCUGUUGCUUCCAUUGCGACUCUCAGAGGUGGUCACCGUGAUCCUGAAGGCACUGACCUACGACAAGAAGUGGGGCGCCUGCAGUGUGGGUGCCAAUGUCAGGGAUGCUGCCUGCUAUGUGUGCUGGGCCUUUGCACGGGCCUAUGAGCCACAGGAGCUGAAACCCUUCGUGACUGCCAUUUCCAGUGCACUUCUCAUUGCUACAGUUUUUGACCGAGAUGUCAACUGCAGAAAAGCAGCAUCUGCUGCCUUCCAGGAGAAUGUGGGGAGACAGGGUACUUUCCCUCAUGGAAUUGAUAUUUUGACUGCAGCUGACUAUUUUGCCGUGGGCAGCAUAUCUAACUGUUUCCUAGUUAUUAGUGUGUUUAUUGCUGGCUUUCCAGAAUAUACCCAGUCACUGAUAGACCAUCUGGUUACCAUGAAAGUCAACCACUGGGACGGAGCCAUUCGAGAGCUUUCAGCCAAGGCGCUGCACAACCUGGUCCCACGAGCACCCGAGUACAGUGCUGCUCACGUGUUUCCAGCCCUGCUGUUGAUGACAUCGAGUUCGGAUCUGCACACACGGCAUGGGUCCAUUAUUGCCUGUGCAGAGGUCGUCUAUGCCCUGUAUAAGCUGGCAUCUCAGAGAGACAGGCCUGUCACCGACUACCUCGAUGAGAAGGCUGUGCAAGGCUUGAAGCAGAUCCACCAACAGCUUUAUGAUCGUCAUCUCUACAGGGGCCUGGGAGGAGAGCUGAUGAGACAAGCAGUGUGUAUUUUAAUACAGAACUUAUCACUUUCCAGUAUGCCUUUUAAAGGUGAUCCUGUCAUAGGUGGCUGGCAGUGGCUGAUAGACGACACUCUGAGAAGUCUCCACCUCAUUUCAAGCCAUUCUAGACAACAGAUCAAGGACACAGCUGUCUCAGCCUUAGCUGCUCUUUCCAGAGAAUACUACAGGAAGGAUCCUGGGGAGGUGGGUCCUGCCAUUGCAGGGGAAUUGAUCCCACAGUACCUUGCUGAGCUUCAGAGUCCCCAAGAAAUGGCUCGCUGUGGUUUCUCGUCAGCCUUGGGUGCCCUCCCCAGCUUCCUUCUUCAAGGCCAUCUGCAGCAGGUUCUCGCUGGACUAAGAGCAGUCACCUGCAUUUCACCUAAGGAUGUGAGCUUUGCUGAGGCUCGGAGGGAUGGCUUGAGGGCAAUCUCAAGCAUUUGCCAGGCUGUUGGUGUAAAAGCAGAGGGGCCUCCUGAUGAAGCCGUGUGCAGAGAGAAUGUUUCUGAGAUUUACACUACACUGCUGGACUGCAUGUCUGACUACACCACAGACAGCAGAGGAGAUGUGGGAUCCCGUGUCCGUGAAGCCGCCAUGACCAGCCUGAUGGACCUGAUGCUUCUGCUUGUGCAGAUGCAGCCCACCCUGCUUGAGGCCCCUGUAUGUGAGCGUGUUAUGUGCUCACUUGCCCAGCAGUCAAGUGAGAAGAUUGACCGGGUUCGUGCUCAUGCUGCCCAUGUUUUCCUGACACUCCUGCACUUUGACAGUCCCCCCAUCCCCCAUGUGCCCCACAGAGAAGAGCUAGAAAAGCUGUUUCCCAGGUCCGCCAUGGCCUCUGUGAACUGGAGGGUGCCUUCCCAGGCUUUCCCUCUCAUCACCCAGCUCCUGGGGCUGCCCACCUACCGCUACCACAUCCUGCUGGGGCUGGCUGUGUCUGUGGGUGGCUUGACAGACUCAACGGUCAAGCAUUCCACUCAGAGCCUCUUUGAGUACAUUAAGAGGAUUCAGAAAGACCCACGAGACCUGGGGGCCUUUGGCGAGAGCAUCCUGCGCGUCUUUGAGGAUAACCUCCUAAACGAUCGGGUAUCUGUGUCGCUACUGAAGAUGUUGGACCAGAUGCUGGCUAAUGGGUGCUUUGACAUUUUCACCACCGAGGAAAACCACCCCUUUUGUGUGCGGCUGCUUGCACUCUGUAAAGAAGAAAUAAAGAAGUCCAAAGACAUCCAGAAACUUCGGGCAAGCAUUGCAGUGCUCUGUGGCAUGGUGCAGUUCCAUGGCGAUGUGAGGAACAAGGUCCUUCUGCAGCUCCUGCUCCUCCUCUGCCACCCAUUCCCUGUGAUCCGGAAGGCUGCAGCAAGCCAGCUCUACGAGAUGGUGCUCAUGUAUAGCGGUGUGGUGAGUGACGAUGCCGUGGAUGAGGUCAUGCUGGUGCUCAGUGACACGGCCUGGGAUGCGAAGCUCCCUGCGGUGAGAGAGCAGCGGAACCGCCUGUGUGACCUCCUCGCUGUGCCUAGACCCCAGUUGGUACCCAAGCCUGUUGCUACUGAAGCUGGUCCUGGGAGCUGAGCCCUCAACCUGCUGGCUGGGCUGCCUUGUAUCCUGGAACACGGAGAAACCUGUGCCACCGACUGUCCACUGAAGGGCGGCGGCUGGUCAUCACCAGGUGGCAGCAUUUCCUCAUGUGUGCUCUGCUGUGCCACAUGCUCUCAUGACCUGGGGUGUGGCUGGUCCCGAUGUUAACACAAAUGCUUUUCCAUAAAAUCAUGUGCCCACAU